AUGAAGCUCCUCGCUCCCCUUGCUCUCGUUGGUGCUGCCAGCGCGCACACUAUCUUUGUCUCCCUCGAGGUCAAUGGCGUCAACCACGGCGUCGGUAAUGGUGUGCGAGUUCCCUCUUACAACGGCCCGAUCGAGGAUGUGACCUCGAACUCUAUUGCCUGCAAUGGUCCACCGAACCCAACCACACCCACCGACAAGGUGAUCACCGUCCAGGCUGGUUCGGAGGUCACUGCCAUCUGGCGCUACAUGCUUAACAGUCAGGGCUCUGCUCCCAACGAUGUCAUGGACAGCAGCCACAAGGGUCCUACCAUGGCUUACCUGAAGAAGGUCAACAAUGCCACAACCGACUCUGGUGUUGGUGACGGCUGGUUCAAGAUUCAGGAAGACGGUUUUGAUGGCACCACCUGGGGCACUGAGCGCGUCAUCAAUGGCCAGGGUCGCCACAAGAUCAAAAUCCCCGAGUGCAUUGAGCCCGGCCAGUACCUUCUGCGUGCUGAGAUGCUUGCUCUUCAUGGCGCUAGCAACUACCCUGGUGCUCAAUUCUACAUGGAAUGUGCUCAACUGAACAUUGUUGGCGGUACUGGCACGAAGAAGCCCUCGACCGUGAGCUUCCCGGGUGCUUAUUCUGGCAACGACCCCGGUGUUAAGAUCAACAUCUGGUGGCCGCCCGUCACCAGCUACAAGGUCCCUGGUCCCCCGGUCUUCACCUGCUAA